UUAAACCCGUUACUCACAUUCAGCGGCAACUUUGUGCGGCUCCAGCAGGCGUCGCUGUCACACUUAAAGACUAGCCAGGACGGCUGAGUAGUUCAAGCUAGAUCGGGGAUUGGCAGGCCAAGCAGGACUAACGCAGGGCGAGUGGGGAGAGUCGAAAAGAAAGCUCCAAACAAUCUGUAUCCAUCUGUUUAACAUAGAUUGUACUCCAAGGUUUAAUUUAUUGUAUUCCAAAGGACAAGAUCUUGACAAAAGACUAGGUACAUUGGGAGUGGUGCUAAGAAAUUUCCAUACUCGAUGACAGUUCAUCGCAAUGUCCGAUCGUUUGGGGCAAAUAAGCAAGGGAAAGGAUGGGAAAAGCAAGUACGCCACACUCAGCCUGUUUGAGAAAUACAAGGGAAAGUCAGUAGAAGUUAUCAGAAAUUCAGCGGACUAUUUAGCUAUAAAGUUGCCUUCAACCAUGGAGAAUACCGGUGACAAAACACCCAAUGUGGUAGAGGACCAGACUAAUGACAUUCAGUUCCUCAAAGAGGAGAUGGUGAGAUUAAAAGGGGACAUGGCCCGACUUUUGGAACUUUUGCAGACAAGUAUUGUUAACACCAACAGACGGUUUGCUAACAGUAUGAUUGGGAUUGAUUUGAUAGAACAGCAGCAAACAGUGACUAAUAUUCAGAAAGACGAGCGAUGUCCAUUUCAUAAUGAUGAGAAAUUAGGUAGACUCAUACAUGAAACAGAAGAUCUUGAUAUGAAAAUUACUACUGAUUCAUUGUUUUCAGAGUGGGAGAGAAUGUAUAAUAAACAAUUCAGCACAGCAGAGAGGUUAAUGCACACUUUAAGUGAAAAUAAGCAAAAAAAGAAGUUAUACGCAACAACCUUGAGAUUUUUGUCUUUCAGUUCCAGUGUGUUAGUCGCACAGCAGCAGGAGUUGCAGCAGCAGCCGCUUUCACAGAAAUCUGUCUCCAGUCUUCAGACACAGAUACAGACAGCCAGCCAGGAGAACACAAAUUUAGUGCAAGGUGGACCAAAGUCAUGGGCACAAGUGAAUGGAAAGCCAGCAAGACAAGAUGGUGGUUUAAAGGGCUCAAGCCGACUGUCGCCCUUCUCUCCCGAGGAAUUUCCGACGCUGAAAGCAGCUGGAGAGCAGGACAAGGCUGGCAAAGAAAAGGGCGUCUUAGAUCUGUCGUAUGGGCCAGGACCAAGCCUCCGCCCACAGAAUGUGAAGAGCUGGAGGGAGGGCGGUGGUAGGAAUCUUAAUCCAACAUCACCACCACCAGCCACCUCCCCUACUGAGCUGGACGGCAAAAACCCUAUCCCUGGAGAUGGAUCCACAACAUCAGCGCCUGCAGCCGAACCUAAGGAGCCAUCUCUCCGCCCGUCUCAGCCACCAAAAAAAGGGAUCGGUACUUCCCAGUUCAUGGGGAAUGGAUACCAUCUACCAUUGUACCAUGACAUGUUGCCAGCAUUUAUGUGUCAGCCACAACCUAGUGAGGCCACAGUGUCAACAGAACAAGGCUCUACUCCAGCCUCGUCAAGGGUUGAACCACGAGUGUCAUUUCGGCACUUGUACCCAGGAAAUGAACAAGUCAGUGGUGGGGAUAACAGAAGGGAAAGUAGAUAUCCUCGUAUGGUAACUCGACCCUCUCGUCAGUUAAGGCCACCAGGAGAUGGAACACCUCGACCAGCUAUUAUUAACCCAGUUAACUUAAAGGAAUUAGAUGAACUAGACAACGAAGCAGAGGAUGGCUGGGCAGGUCUCCAUGAAGAGGUGGACUAUUCAGAAAAACUCAAGUUUAGUGAUGAUGAAGAUGAAAUGGAACAUCUGUCAGCUGUGAGAAAAGUUAGAGAAAAGUAUUAUCACAUCAAUUUUUUUCCUUUAGAAACUGAAGACUUCAAUGCCCUUAAAAGUCCACCCAGCUGCAUGGCAGAGGAAGAUACAGCAGUACAUACAAGUAGUGAAGAUGAAGCUAGAGAAUCUCUCUCUCCAGUGCAGGAGGACUUCAGUAAAUACCAAAAACCACUACCUCCAAGAUUUCAGCGUCAGCAACAGGAGCAGUUUUAUAAAAUGCAGCAGUGGCAGCCACAAGGGUUUUCUUCUUCAUCCCACUCCCAUCAGCGUUCAUUCUACCCUCAGCCUCCACAGAUAAUGGGCUUUGACCCUCUGUGGAUGAUGAUGCCUUCCUACAUGGAUCCACGGAUGACUCAGAAUCGUAGCCAUGUUGAUUUUUAUCCUGCUGUCCAUCCUUCAGGAAUGGUGAAACAGUUGGCGCAGCAAGACUCAGGAAAUGCACAUGAGCAGAAUCGCCAUCAUUCAGUGCAGCAGGAUAGAAAAAAUCCUGGAAAUGAGCAGUUUCCAUCUUGGAAUCCAGACAGGGGAUACACGCCUCCAUGCAGAAGGCAGAAGGAGACCACUUCAGAAGAGCUCAACAGGAAUGAUGCAUCCUGUUCAUCCAUGGUUGAACGAGUUGAGAAUAUUCACAAUCGGAGAGAUCCAUCUGAGGAACAAUUGGAGCAAUAUACGAGUUCAUCAAACACUUCUGAUAGAUUGACCAGUAGAGACUACAGCAACUGUCUGGCUUCUCAUCAGGUGAGCAUGUCAGAUCGACAACAGAAUCAUCAAGGUAUUGGUUCUCAUGGAGGACAUUCACUAAACUUGAAAAGGUCACCAUCAAGAGACUCUGACUUUUCGCCUGUUGAUCAUAAAGGGGAAUCCAGUUCAUGGGACUUUCCCAAGGAAUCCUCAAGCUCUGGAGAAAACGUCAUAGAGGAUGAUUGUGCUGAGAAGGCACUUGGAACUGGCCUUUGGAAAGCAGAAGGGACAGCAGAUAACGCAUCUAGGAGUUGCUCACAUUGGGCAUCUGGUGCUACAAGUAGCAGUAGCCAGCAGCAAGAGCAAGCUGGGAAAUUUUCUUUCCGAAGAUCAGGUCCUAUUAAAAAGCCAGUUUUGAGAGACUUGAAGGUAGAAGAAAAGGACAAGGAUCUUGAGAAGACUAAAUCUUGUCAGGAACAAAGGUUUGUCCUGGUAAAGGAUCAGGAAGAGAUAAAAGAAGUCCUUAAAACUGGGGAAGUAAAGAAUGAUGUUACAGACACUGGAAGUUCUGUUGCUGUUACAACAGAUAGUUACACUGUAUCAAGGCAUUCAGACAAGGAUGCUGAGAGGGUGGAAAAAAGUUGGGAUGAUAGACCGGUCUCAAAAAAUACAAGUGAUAUUCCUCCCAAAAAAAAUAAUUGGAUUUUUAUUGAUGAGGAACAGGCGUUCGGUGGAAGAGGCAGAGGAAGAGCCAGAGGUUUCCGAGAUUUUACUUCUAGAGGUCGGGGGAACAGGGUAAUGUAUGACACUCAAAGAAGCAACAGAGGACGAAGCCUGAGAGAAUUUAAUCAGUCUGAAGAUUUUUCAAGAGGUAAACCUCGUCGUAGGAUUGCUAGCGAAACCCAUAGUGAAGGUUCAGAGUACGAAGAGUUGCCUAAGAGACGAAGACAAAGAGGGUCUGAAAAUAUAAAUGAAAACUCUCUUCCUGAUAAGAACAAUGUGAAAAAAGGUGAUUUUAAAGACUCCUGGAGAUCCAAUAAGAUUUAUUCUACUGAUUACAAUAAUAUUGACAGUAAAGAUAAGCCUAGAGUUACAAGGGCAUUUGGAAGGUCUCUUCCUCCUAGAUUAUGCAAUGCAAACUAUGGAAGACGAAGCUUUGCUUCUAGAGAGGUAACUUCAUGGCAGGGUAGAAGUGAAGGCAGUUUGAAACAUGAGCAAGGAUAUGAUGCUCCUUCAGAAGUGUUUGUGGCCAAAAGACAACCUGAGAGAGAGAGUGUUAAAGAGCCUUUUGUUGAAAGAUCUUUAGAGGACAGCCAUGAUCAGUCUGUAGAAGCAGACACUUCUGAAAAUAAGCCACUUAGGAGGCGGAGGCCCCCUCGCCAAGACAAACCUCCAAGGUUCAGGCGCCUCAGACAAGAAAAAGAAAACAACCAGUGGAAAAACAGUGACUGGGUUGACUCUAUGACAAAUUCAUGGGCUGGGAGAUCCAGAGUACCAUCAGAGGAAAUUGAUACUGCUCUUGGAAGAAAGUCCCCUGAUUUUUAUAACCAGAUUUCCUCUGACCAUGCAAAUGAAGAAUGGGAAACUGCUUCUGAAAGUAGUGAUUUCAACGAAAAAAGAGAGAGGUGUGAUGCUGUCUCUCAGAGUGAUUUACAGGUUGAUGGACUUAAUGGAGGAAGCUCUGGGGAAAAAAGGGAGCUAGCUAAGAGGAGUUUUUCUAGUCAGAGACCUCUUGCUGACCGACAGAACCGUAAGGUAGAACCCUCUGGAUUUGGUGAAAAGACACCAAGAACUGGUGGAACUGCUUCACGCAGUGAAAGGCAGAGUGGAACGCCGGUGAGAAACAAAAGGUCACCAGAAGAUGCUCUGAAGGGUAUGCACACUGGGACCAGCAACACUGUGUAUGGCAUGGAGAGGGCUACACUAAGUGACACCGAGGCUUUGGAGAACCGAAUAAAUGAGUGCACUUAUAAAAAGGCAGACACCAAAUUGUGUCUGCAGAAGGCCAUGGAGAAAGGAGAUGCUGUUACUCAAUAUGAUCUGAAUAGCUAUGGUAAUCUCGUGGCCUUGGACAAUGCCACAUCUUGCUCUGCGGAAGACAGUGAAUCGGGAUCUAUGAUUGGGGAGGGUUUUAUAGAAGUUUUUUCUAAGAAACAGCGACGCCUUCUAGAAGAAGAGAGAAGGAAGAAAGAACAGAUCAUGCAGGUCUCUGGAAAAAGUCGUGCUGUGUCUUCCAAAAUACCACCUAGAUUUGCAAAGAAACAAAACACCAUGACCUUGGAACAGGGUGAAGCAGUGGUUUCAAACAGUAGCUUGGGAACAGAAAUCUGGGAAACACAUGGACAAGUUCAGUCCUCUUCUGGUAAUUCCUGGACAAAGUCUGUGACCACGUUUUCAAGUGGUGAAUCAAGCACUGAAGGUUUCAAAGGAAGUCAAGGGGACAGUGGCAUUGAUUUAAGUGCAGAAUCUCAAGGUUCUUCUGCAACCUCUAGCCAACGUAGUUCUCCAUAUGGAACUCUCAGACCAGAGGAAAUUGGAAGCAACAGUGGAGAGACCAAAUCAGAUGCUCAGAAGGAACAGGUCCAGAAGCCUGCAGAUAAAAAGGAUCCUGAACAGACCACAGGACAAAGCAAAGAACACAAACCAGGACCAAUAGGAAAUGAGCGUUCCUUGAAAAACAGGAAAGGGUCCGAGGGUACAGACCGUCUGGAGGGGAGCAUCCCUCCUGUUAAUGGAGUGGACAUCCAUGUCACUUCAGUAAUUCCUGUCCAUCCCAUAGAGUUCGGUACCAGUUCAAAAGAUUCAGACUUCAGUUUGCCACCUGGCUCUGCCCCUAGCACAGUAUCCAGCUCCACAUUGCAAGAUUCUCUGGCCAGCAAUUCCAUUACAGUUCUCCAGAGGGAGCAGAGGGAACAACAUGUUCAGAAGAGCAUAAAUCUUAAUGUCGUGUCCAUUCCUACUUCGGAUCUGACCUUGAAGAUGGAGUGUGCUCGGAAGGCAUGGGAAAACUCUCCAAGUUUACCUGAACAGAGUUCCCCAGGAGUUGCUUCUUCUGGAAUCCAGGCUCCUUCCAGUGUUGGAACAUCAAACGGUGUCAAUUACAGUUCAUUCAGUGGAGUUUCUAUGCCAGCAAUGCCUGUGGCAUCUGUUGCACCAUCUGCAUCAAUUCCAGGUAGCCACAUUCCACCUUCACCGGUGUACCUGGAUCCUGCUGUGUAUCCAAAUCCAAAUCGUAUUGUUACUUCUUCUGUGCCUCAGCAGCAGGGCUACCAGCAGGGUGCUGCACCUCAGCAGAUUCCAAUCUCCAUGCACACACCUCUUCAAGCACAAGCUCCGCUUGGACUUAGGAAUGGCCUUUCUGUUUCUCAGUCCCAAGAAAUCUAUGGUGCUCUACCACCUUACAGCAGCGUUUUGCUACAGACUUGGACUGAAGGUUUGGCUGAGGGAGUGUGGGAAGGGCCAUGUCCUAAAACUUCUCACAGAUUGUUACAACCAGUCCCAACUAGCAGGAGAGCACAGACCAUACCAAAUGACUGGCCUUGGCCAGAAUCAACUCAGAACUGGAAAUAUUGGUCCCAGUUGUUCAUGCACCACAACUUGUCUCAGCCCAGCCCUGUUGUACUAUCUGGAGCUGCAGCUAUGAAGAACCCAUAUUCUGCCUUUCCAGGUGUACAGACCCUGGAAGUGAUGAAACCACAGUCUGGAUCACCCUACCAGACAAUGAGUGGAAACCAAGCAUUGGUCUAUGAUGGGCAGAUCGGCCAACCAACUGGGAUGGGCAGUUCACAGAUGAUGGACUCUCAGCUUCCUCAGGUUACAAUGCCUCAUUUACCCCGAUAUGGAUCCAGCCAGCAGCCACUUAUUUUGCCAAAUCCUUUCCAGAUGCCUCAGACACAGAAUCUCCCACCUGGGGGCCCUCGUAGGAUUAUUUCAACUGGAUCUCAACAUGGUGUGUUGUCUCACGGAAGAGAGGCAUCUCAGAUUGACAUGAAAGGGUUUCAGUUUACAGAUGGCAAACACAGCAUGUCAGCUGGCAGUUCUUUGUCAUCACAGCAUUCAUACAGGCCUGGUUCUGCAAGCCCUAGUGGAAAAUCGUCUGGUUUGACAUCAAGUAUGAAUCCAAUGCAGGGGCACUAUGCUGCUCAGCAGGGUAACAUACUAAUGCAUUCGAGACAAGCCACUGCAGCUUCUUUUCCAGCUCCGAUCCAGCGUCCUGGAAUGCCAGUGAACAAAGGUCCUCUACCCUCUGCUUCUGUUGUACGUCCACCCAGCUACCAGAAUUCAAACCAUGCUCCUUCUGCGCCAGUCUCUCCAACAUUAAGUGGAGAUGCACAGAAAGGAAGUGAGGUUAAACAACGAACAGAAGAAGGUAAAAGUAGUUCAGUCAUGCAGAAGAUGCAGGAGCCCACCUCUCCAAGCCAACUCAAGCCUAUCCGAACUGGCACAAUUAAACCACAGUCAGGAAAGUUGGAUGAGAGCAAAGCAUAAGAAUUGCAUUUGUAAAACAGUGUCCACUCUGUAUCAGACUGCAGCAACGCCACAUCUUCUUACGGAUUUGAAGAUCCUAAAGAGAAACCGCAUCUGUCCUUUAUGAUGUGUACUUUGUGCAGAAUCAGAUACUUUGUAAAUUGCAGUUUGUGUACACACGGUGAAGUGCACAGAGUGACUUUAAAGGCACAUAGCUUCUUAGGUUACAUGAUUGUAAACGAGUUGCCAUUCAGAUCUGUCUGCAUCAUCACCGGCAGUGAUACAUGGUAACUGCUGAGAACAAAAUAUGUUGUAUUAAAUCCUGGUUCCUUCUUUUUGAGACUUGUGAUUUUAGGCAGCUUUAUGUAUGUAAGAGCAGUUUAUUAUUUUCUUUCUUUCUUUUUUUUUUUUUUUUUUUUUUUUUGUGGUCUGUUAUACAUACAUUGCUUUUUUUCUGAGACCCUUUCCACUGAUCACAGUCACAUUUUUAACAGAUAUACUGACAUGAAUCCUAAACGUAGACAAUGUCCACCCACCCUCUUAAUUUGAAUAUAUUGGUCAUUUCUUCAUUAGAUUAGGAUUUGACUAAAUUUAAGGAUCUUUUAAAAUAGAAAAUGUGUACACAUCAUAUUAUUAAAGAACACAAAAUGGUUGGCAACAUAAUUCCUAGCACCUUUUUUGUUGAAAACGGGAAUAUUGACUGUUUCAUUUAUUAAAGAUGGAACUUUUUGUAGCUUGGUGCUUCAUCCUGCAAUUGUGGUGAAAUGGAAAAUGAUUGUGUUUAGAAGAUCUGCCUUUGAUUACUUUCUGUUCAUCCCACUGAUCAGUGUAGUAAAUGGAGAUUUUGGACCAAGCAAGCCCUUGUUUGUUUGCUAUGAUGACAAUUCCAUUUCUUGGUAAUUGUAACCUUUUUUAGAUGGAGGGAUUGUGCUGGCCCAGUGCUUUUCUGGUUAAAAUCCUAAAAAUGCCCAGUCCUACCAUUUGUUACUAAUGCUCAACACAUUCUUUAACAUUGGGGAUGAGGGUGGGGGACUUAAUUAAAUGUAGAAUUUCUGGUGUAGGGACUCAGUGUGUUAGGCUUCAAAAACAGCUACACCUGAUUUUAGAACCAUGAGUUUCAAAGAUAUCAAAAAUGUAUGUUUAUUGUGAUUAAAAUUAUUUAUGACCAUUUUGCAGAAGAAAAACUGCAUAUUGAGAAAGAAAAUUGUUCCAUGUUAAUGGGAGCUAUUUCCCCCUUUGCAAAAAUGCCUGUGGUGUUCAUCUUUUUAUAUGUGGAGUCUGCAUUCUUUUUUAAUUCAUAGGUUAGCCAAGGCCUAAAGCGCGUGGUCUAGGAGAUAUGGGGAUGCAGAAAUUAUAGUGAAAUAAAUUUAUUUCAGUUUAGUUUGUAGAUGUGUUUCUCCUGCAGUUCAAAGACUUUUAAUGUCUGCUUUCAUUCUGGCAUUUGAAUGCGUCUCAUUAGGCAGAAAUAAUGAGCUGCUGUAUGAGGUGGCAGACUUUAGUGUGGGUGGGCCAAACCUUGGGGUCGUCUUUUCAGGAAUGUUUACACUGGAUCCAAGGAUACCACAUGCUUGAAAGGGAAUUUCACAUGACAAGAGUCUCGUGGACUUCUCAAGUCCAAGGAAAUCUGUACUGAUUUGACUUGCUGGAGUGUAUGCUUCCCUUUUACCAAGUUGGUCUUGAUGUUAUUUCACUGUUUCGUAAUGUUUUCUUGGUGACAGACAAUUGUAUUCCUUUUUAUGUUCAGGAUGCAGGUUUUCAUUGCUAUAUCGGAUUCAUUCAUGGUUCCAAAAUGUGUUGAUAAUCAGGAUAUACUUGAUAGUGUAAAACCUACAAAACUGAGGCUAUUACAACUGUCAUCCUUAUUAGAAAUGUUUAAAUAAAUGUCAGACCAUUUUAAAUUUCA